AUGGACGAUGACACGAUCGCGGUUUUCACCGUGACGAGCCUCUUGCCUCAGUUAUCGCAGAAGAUGAAGCUGCCGACCAGCCGGUGCUUCGAAAUCAAACAUGACUCCGUCCCUGAUUCACCUAAGGGAAUUACCUUCGGGUCAUAUGCGUAUUGUGGCGUCGUGCUCCCCGAAUAUGACUUGAUCAGUCAUCUUCAUUUCAGUCUCACAUUUGACACAGAGGAUCGACUCGUCAUCAUGGACCAUUCGACGCAUGGGAUAGAGGUGAAGUACGGUGAGCAGGGCGCCGGUCUGCGCGAUCAAAGACAAUGCAUUCUCAAUGAUCCAAAGUUGCCUCCCCAAUUCAGGCAUAUCGAAAUUGGCGUGGCCGGCGUCAUGACCUUCAAGGUCGACGUCCGCUUGAUGAUGUCAAGUAAGCCAUCGUACAGGCAGGUUGCUGCUCGAUUCCGGUAUCUCUGCGACAAGAAGAGCAAGGAUCUCGCCCAAUUCUUCCAGAGGUCAACCUUGCAACAAACCCGUGGUAACCGCGACCUGGACGACAUCAGUGACAUCUGGCUCCCCCUCGGGGACUACGAGCAAGAAAGGUGGUCUCGACAAGUCAAGUUUAUGGAAAUUCUCAAAGAUCACCACCACGUGGUCGAUAUCCUAAACCAUCCGAACACGAGCGAGGCAUCUCUGAGGCAGAUUGAGAUGGAAUACCUGAGCGGGGGAUCGUUGGAUAAGCCGGAAGAUCCUCAUCUGGUUUCAGAAGUUCUUUCUGAAUUUUCAGAAGAGCGUUCUGAAUUUUCAGAAGAGUGUUCUGAAUUUUCGGAAGAGUGUUCUGAAUUUUCGGAAGAGCGUUCUGAAUUUUCAAACGAGGAGGCAACAUCCAUUCUUGCGCAGUGUCUCUCCGUGUUGGUAGAAAUGCACGCGCAAUCUCCACCAAUCUGUCACCGGGACAUCAAGCCGAGCAAUAUCUUGAUUAAACAGCGAACCUCAUCCGGCAUCUGCGUAAAAAUUGCAAGUUUUGGUGAGGCAAACACAGAGGGUGAGAAAGACAUGGGCGGAGGUGACACUGUCUACGGUCCCCCGGAGUUCUGGGACGAGAAAUGUGAACCGUCUCUGGACAUUUGGUCACUCGGCCUCACGACACUCAAAUUGCUUGACGAGGGCCUUCAUGAAGCGUAUCUGACUCGUCCGACGGAAUUCUCGGCUCGGAUGGAUCAAUCAACAGACAGCCUGGUACAGUUCCUACUGGAACACAUGAUCCACGAGCCACCCUAUCUGAGAUCAACAGCAAAAGAAUGCUUGGAGAGCCUCCUGAAACUCCAAGCAGACGGCAAGAUCAAUAUCGAGCCGUGCGGGUGCCUCGAGCCCAAAAGCUGCGCCGAUGACGUCUCUGAAUGCGAGGAUGAGGGGGUUAGAACACCGACCAUGUCAAAUGUGCAGGAGGAAUCUUCAAACUCCUCAACACCCACACAGACGAAGCUGGCUGAUGGCCAGUCGCAUGAGACAAACUCUUCUUCUGCGGAGGGGUCAACGGAAGGCUCAACGACGCCAACGCAGACCCCCGCCUCACCGGCGCACAUUUCAACUGGGGGAGAAGCUUCGGAAUCAACGGACGAGACUCGCGCCCUCCUGAAGGGAAAAAGAAGGGCUGAGGUACGUGACGAGCUGUCCGACCAAAAACGGCCCAAAAUCUAG